UGCGGCGCUGUCGGGGGAGACUAAGCGACGUCUGUAUUUGCGGAGAUCGCUCUGCGGCGGCGGCGGCGGCGGCGUUUGCUCAAUCCGAAGCUCGAUCCACAGCGGCUCCAGCGCCUGGAGAGCCGGCCUGUCCCGGCCCGAUGUGUUGCCGGGGCAGCGAGCGGGACCUGCAGAGUUCGGCUCGGCGGAUGGGCGCCUCGCUGCUGCUGCAGCUGUCGGCCCACGAGCGGGAGCUCGACCUUGUCUUCCUGGACCACAGCUACGCCAAGCCGUGGAGCGCGCACCCCGAGGCCAGCGACGCGCGGCCGGCCCGCCUGCUCUUCGUCACCCCGCGCAGGCAGCAGGAGCACAGCAGUGACUGUGAGGUGUCUGUCGAUGUGGAGACGGUGGUUCCAACACCAACCCCUCUUUAUGACAACCAGAAGGCUCGGAGUGUGAUGAACGAGUGUGAGCGGCACGUUAUCUUCGCGAGGUCGGAUACGGAUGCCCCUUUGCCGCCUGAUGACUGGGAGGACCACAUGAACAGGUUGGGCUGGACUGCUGCUCAGAACAAGCUAUUCAACAAAAUUGUGAAGGCGCUGUACUCAGACCGGUUGGCAAGACUGGCAAAUGAGGGGGCCAGCAACGAGCCGGUGCUGAGGAGGAUCACGGUGGACAAGUGCGCUCGCCGAAUCCGCCAGGCCCUCGCCAGCCUGAACUGGGAUACCAAGUUAACGCAGUGGCUGCACACGACGCUGGUGGAGACCCUGAGCCUUCCAAUGCUGGCCGCCUAUUUGGACGUCCUUCAGACUCUGAAGUGCAAGCUCCCAACGCUGAUCGACAAGAUGAUCAUCUCUUCUACGGCGAAGUCUGGGGCUGCUGGAGCUGAAGCCUUGCCCUUGCUGCUGAAGCGGCCGUGGGACCCUGCGGUUGGCGUCCUGUCCCAUAACAAACCCAGUAAGAUCCCAGGGUCCCCACUGCUGCUCAUCGCUCCCAGUGGCCCCAUAAAUAGCAUGACGUCUACCUCGCGCAGGAAUCGUUUCUGGUUAUCCCAGCUGUCCUGCUUGGGAAAGGUUAUCCCAGUCACCGUGCACAUUGCGAACGGUGGCUCAGGGGUGAGCGUAUCACAGUACCUGGAGCAUAUGAUCGGGGCUGUUCGAGCAAAGAUCCUGGAGCUACAGACUCACUUUCCAAGCAGACCGAUUGUACUGAUGGGUUGGAAUGUCGCGGCUCUCGUUGCUUGCCACGUUUCUGUGAUGGAGUUUGUAUCGGCUGUUGUCUGCCUUGGAUUUCCUCUUCUCACUGUGGAAGGACCCAGAGGGGAUGUUGAUGACCCACUGCUGGAUAUGAAGACCCCUGUACUGUUUGUGAUCGGGCAAAAUUCAGUCCAGUGCAGCACAGAUGCUAUUGAGGAUUUCAGGGAGAAGCUCCGAGUUGAAAACAGCUUGGUGAUUGUUGGGGGUGCCGACGAUAAUCUCAGGAUCAGCAAAGCAAAGAAGAAGCUGGAGGGUCUGACACAGAGCAUGGUGGACAGGUGUAUCCAGGAUGAAAUUGGUGACUUCCUCACUGGUAUCCUGACCAAGAGUGAGACACAAGCAGGGAUUGAAGCCAAGGAGGUUGACAUGGAGAAGAGAAAGCGAUCUCGGGAUGCACGUAGGGACUUGGCCUUUGAGCUUUCAGAGCGAAACAGCCGACCUGUGUCACCGUUCAGCCGAGUCCCAGCCUCUCCCUCAGGCUCUGAGGGCACGUCGAGUGUGUCGAGCAGCCCCACAUCCAGCCCAAAGACGAAGAGUUCAUCCUUGUCGCCUGCCCAGAAGGCCAGCCUGAUCACAGCCACUGCCACGGCCGCCAGCCAGUCUCCCAGCCUUUCCGCACAGUUCUCUCACAUCCUUAAACAGCACAUGCAGAAGACGGGGACUGUGCUGACCCAGAAGCAAGCUCAAGCUCAGUUUGCUGCUUUCCUGAAGCAGAAUAUGUUGGUGAAGAAGAAUCUGAGUGUAGGCAACUCAUCCUGUGUCUUUGUUCCGGUGUCCUCGGACCAACAGGAUACAGCGGAGAAGGAUGACGCAAAGGCACAGCUGAAGCGGAGGCAGCCUUCAAGCCCAACUCAAGUCGUCUCCAAGCCCGCCAAACGUGCCAAGAUCAAGGUCACCAUUCUGUCCCACGGCGAUGCGUCUGCAGCUGCAUCCAUGCCUUACGCUGGAGCCAAGGAGGGUGGUGUCCCAAAGCCCCUGACGUUAUCCGUCAGUCAGCCGGGAUCUGUCACCAAGGAGCUGACUGGGUUGCUCACGAGUCAAAGAUCAGCCUCUGUGGACUCAUUCUCCACUUGCCCCAGUACACUCUCCUCAACUGCCCUGACCAGUAACACAACAGCCAGUGCCUUUCACAGCAUUCAGGCCCGGAUGUCGUCAGCCCCUGGCUCUACCGCACCAUCGCAGCCUCACCUGGGACCUGCCACAGCAGGGACGCCGUCGGCCAGCUGCCUCCUCCAGGGACUCAGCUUUAGCCUCCAGGACAUGGGAACAAAGACCACCAGUUUGAGCUCCACCACCUCAACUCAGGCCCAAACCGUGAAGAGCGCGAGCUCGGCUCUGGGAGCCGUCACCACCACAAACCCCGUUGUCCGCACGGUCAGUGCCUCAACGGCUUCGGGGACUCUGACCGGCAAACCUACUUCCAUCCAGCACCUGCUGAGCAAUGGUGGACUGGCCAAGCUGACUGGCAGCUCGGCUGGCCUGACAGGGGUGAAGCCUCCGACCACCAUCACUGUGACCCUGAGGACGCAGGCGGGCCGCGUGUCCACCCUGGGCCAGCCCUGUACCACAGGCAGCCUCGGCCUCGAGGGGAUGGAGCCUGAGAUCAGGGGUUCAGAGGCCCAGACGCAGCAGUGCUCAGACCCUCUGCUCCCAGUCCCAAGACCCCAAUGUAUCAGCACUGUUGACCAGACCAAAGUAAUCGCGGCACGAGACGCAAGCAAAACUCAGUCCCCUGCGGAAUCAAGUUCAAAUCCCCAGAGUUUAUGCUCAGCUGUAGUUACGACAAGUCCAACAAAGACUCUUUACGUGAUGUCCGAUGCUAAGAUGUCUGCUCUCACGAAAUCUAUCAUCACUCCUCUGGAAAUCUCACCUCAAAGAUCUCUGGGGACUCCACCUUUGAACGCGGCGAGUCCAAUGCUGAACCCCUCCAUCAGCAGCUCCAGUAUGAUGCUCUCCAAAGCAGGACCCGUCCUCCGGAGCUCCUCCAGCAGCACCAACUUAACACUGGGCAAGAGUGAAGUGAAACCUGCCUCUGGAGGGGAACGAUUCAGCCUGACAAAGAGCCAAGGCUCGGUGGCUGCAAGUACAGAGACCGUGGGUAAAGUGCCCUCUGUGAUGGACCAAGGUAGCACUAUCAUCCACACCACAGAAACUCCUUGCCUCGUGACCAGUGCACAGCAGUUACCAUGACUCCCACAGAAUAGUGGGAAAUGUACAGAGACAAUGAUUUGCGUAUUCCUUAUUUUUGUAAUAUUUUAUUGCGUACAUCGGACCCUGUAGUAGAUGCUUGUUUUGUUGACUCCAGCUCUCACUCGAUCAUCCCUGCAAGAGGGGCCAAAUGAGAUUUCUUUCCUGCUCCCUUCACACCACCAGGGAGUAGAACAAGCAAUCUAAGUUGGAAGGGAGUUGGCAGUAAGCCCCUACAGCACUGACAUUUCUACUGUCGCUAAGAAAUAAACACCAG